UGUUGCUUUUAUCCAAGUGGCUGGGCGACUGUGGCGGCAACGCUUCCCGCAUUCGGUGUCCGUUCCCUGAGGCCGAAGGGCCUCAGCAGGCUCCGAGGUCUGGCCUAGAGAACCUCGUUGCCCCUCGAGUGCAGGAUGGCCGCGGAAGAAGAGGACGAGGUGGAGUGGGUGGUGGAGAGCAUCGCGGGGUUCCUGCGAGGCCCGGACUGGUCCAUCCCCAUCUUGGACUUUGUAGAGCAGAAAUGCGAAGUUUUUGACGAUGAAGAAGAAAGCAAAUUGACCUAUACAGAGAUUCAUCAGGAAUACAAAGAACUAGUUGAAAAACUGUUAGAAAGCUACCUCAAAGAAAUUGGGAUUAAUGAAGAUCAAUUUCAAGAAGCAUGUACUUCUCCUCUCGCAAAGACCCGUACAUCACAGGCCAUUUUGCAACCCGUAUUGGCAGCAGAAGAUUUUACUAUCUUUAAAGCAAUGAUGGUUCAGAAAAACAUUGAAAUGCAACUGCAAGCCAUUCGAAUAUUUCAAGAGAGAAAUGGUGUAUUACCUGACUGCUUAACAGAUGGUUCUGAUGUGGUCAGUGACCUUGAACAGGAAGAGAUGAAAAUCCUGAGGGAAGUUCUUAGAAAAUCAAAAGAGGAAUAUGACCAGGAGGAAGAAAGAAAGAGGAAAAAACAGUUAUCAGAGGCUAAAACAGAAGAACUCCCAGUACAUACGAGUGAAGCUGCAAAAAUUAGUAAUUCCCAAGGGGAUUGUGAACCCUUUGCACAUCCACCCUCAGAAGUUAAAGUGCAUUUUGCUAAUCAGUCAGUACAACCUUUGGCACGAAAGGUGGAAGCAUUGCCUGAAACUUCCUCCCUCCCACAAAAAAGCCUGAAGAUUCCUGGCUUAGAACAUGCAAGCAUUGAAGGACCAAUAGCAAACUUAUCAGCACUUGGAACAGAAGAGCUCCGGCAACGAGAACACUAUCUCAAGCAGAAGAGAGAUAAGUUGAUGUCUAUGAGAAAGGAUAUAAGAACUAAGCAGAUACCAAAUACAGAACAGAAAGGAAAAUCUCCUGGAGAAACAGAGGAAAUGACAGAGAAACCAGAAAUGACAGCAGAAGAGAAGCAAACAUUACUGAAGAGGAGAUUGCUUGCAGAGAAACUUAAAGAAGAAGUUAUUAAUAAGUAAUAAUUAAAAAAAUAAACAAAAGUUCAAAUUUUCUUAAAAAUAAAUUAUUUAAUCCUAAAACCAAGCCUGUUAGUUGAAACUAAGACUUGCUUUAUACAUACAAACAUAAGCUGUUACUAUUUUAAACAUUUGAGAAAAAGGCAGCUACUUAUAUUGGCCAAUUUCAUUUGUAGAUGUUUCUCUUUGAAAUAAAUUAGUUGAGAAUGCAUUUAUUCAUUCGAAGUGGGUUACCUACUGUUGUUUGUGCUAUGUGCCAAGGAUAGUGAACUAGAUUGACAGGGUUGCUGCUGCCUUUAUGGAGCUCGGGAAGAAGGCCCAGGGAGCAAAUUGUUAGAAAGGAAAAGUUAAGAGCGCUCUAGGCAGGGCUAGCUAAGCCUCUUUAAGAAAGUGAUGUUUAAGCUGAUUGGAAGGGUAAUUGCACUAAGCAGGAAAAGAGUCAAGCACAUACUGAGGAACUGGUGCACUUGUGAAUGCAUGGAAAAGGCCAGCAUAUGAAACUGGAGACUGGUGAGGACGGGUUGUGCAAGGCCUUUUAGGUAAGUGAGGAUUUAAUAUUUUAUAAUACAGGCAGUGGGAAGUCACUAAUGUUUAAAGCAGGGAAGACCCAUUCUUUGUAGAAAACCUAUUUUUUAAACAAAAGAACAACUGACUGAGCCUAUUGAGGGAAAUGUUACCAUUGGGUGUAGUUCUUUUGUAUGAAAUGACCCAGGAGUCAUUUUCUGUAGUCUGUUUGCUUAAAGAUAACCAGAAUAGGAGAGAGACCUUUCAGAAACUUCCAGUGUUGUAACACUUCCAGUGUUAGUCACCUUUUUCUAGUUACGCGAUACUCUUGAGUUUUAAUUUAAAAUCCCCAUUCUUCUUCUUAAAUCCAUAAUUAUUAACUUUCAAAAAAGGCUAUCAAAAUUAGCUUAAAAUGUGCUCAUUUUAGUUUCAACUUUUAACCAGUAGAAAAACUGGUUAUUAUUCUGUAUUUGUAAUAUUUUCAUCACUAGAUGGACAAAAAGAAUAACUGGUGAUUAAAACACAGAAAUAUGUUUCAUGUAACUUUUUAUUAAAAAUAAUUUUUAUAUUGGAUACAUGUUUACAGAUACCAUUUUAAAAGGACCUAAGGCAUACAAAUGUGGGCUCUGGCUUGCUUCACUAAGUGAAGAUAUAAAAACCCAGAUCUCGUGUGAGGGCACUCAUUUAUGAUAGCAGCUAAUGUGUCUUCAUAGUUGUUCUUCAAGGGGUAUUUUGAGUCUUGAACCCGUAUCACUGUUUAUGGGUAAGCAUAUGUACAAUGAAAACUAUCAUCCUAUAUUUUAAGAAAAUAUUCACAUUUCUGCUGUAGGAAAAGUUUCCAAAAUGAGGACUUAAAUGUUUAAGAUUCGUGAAAGUUUUUCAGAAAGGAACACUAAAGGAAGUCUUUGAAAGAUACAAAGAUAAUACUUUCUACUGGAAUCUUAAAAUUACUUAUGAUGGUCAAGAGUAAACAAGGUAAUGUUUUUAGGUCUGGGCUUCUGAGAUUGUAAGAAAUUUAGUGAAAGCUAAGGAGAGAGAAGAGGCAUGAUAAGAACUUACUUGAAAGAGAGUAUUUAUAUAACUUCCUUGAUUUUGGUUUAAGAUAUCCUGAGUUAUUGCCUUAUGAGGUGAAAGGCCUUUCUAAUUAUAUGUGCAUCUUUAAUUAGAGAGGUGAAAAUAGCUCCAUGCUGUGAGGCUUUGGUGCUGAGAUCUCACUUGCCCAAGGCUCAUUUUCUUUAAGUAGUCAGUGAUAUUUAAAGUGCGAUUGACCCUCAUUGUUUAUAAUUCUUUCAUUCAGAUCUGGGUAUGACCCUAAUGGUUUAUAAUAAAUAAGUGUGGAUCAAUUUUGAUGGCUUUUUAAAGCUAUGGUAAAAAAAAGACAUAUCUCAAAAUGGAGUCAACCAUAUUUACAACAAAUCAAAACACAAGCAUCAAGCAUGGAAUUAGAGGGUCACAUUUUAAUUCCUGAACUUUACAGUUUAGCAUUAAUAAUCACCACAUGUAUACAAAUGGUGUAAAACAAAUACAGUGGUAUUUUUAAUACAAAAUAAA